AUGGGAGCCCUAAUCUCCAAACAAAUCCAGCGCUACAAAGACGUCAAAAUGGAGAAGAAAGCCCUCGCCGACCUCAAACAGAGCUGCGGCUGCGAUUUCCCCGGCUGCGACUAUCGCCCUCCCGACCGGAAAAACUGGAUGUCCACACUCAAUCCACACAAGCUCCGCAUCAACCUGAUCGUCUGGCCAGGCACGCACGACUCAGCCACCAACAAAAUCGGGAUCCCUCUCAUCACCCGCCCCUUCGCCCAGUGCCAAACCCUCUCCAUCUACGAGCAGCUCUCCGCCGGCGCGCGCGCACUCGACGUCCGCGUCCAGGAGGACGGCCGCAUCUGCCACGGCAUCCUCCUCACCUACUCCGUCGACGUCGUCAUCACCGACGUCAGAAAAUUCCUCGACGAAACACAAUCAGAAAUCCUAAUCCUGGAAAUCCGCACCGAAUUCGGCCACACCGAUCCGCCGAAUUUCGAUCAGUAUCUCAGGGAUCAGCUCGGCGACUACCUGAUCCACCACGACGAUCGCGUUUUCAAGAGAACGAUCGCGGAUCUACUGCCGCGGCGGGUGAUAUGCGUGUGGAAUCCGCGGGAGGCAGCGGCUCCGGCGGCGGGGGAUUCACUGUGGAGCGGCGGUUACUUGAAGGACAACUGGAUCAACACGGACAAGCCAUGGACAAAAUUCGAGAGCAAUUUGAAACGUUUGGGGGAGCAACCACCGGCGGCGGGGAGGAGGUAUUUCUACCGAGUGGAGAAUACGGUGACGCCGCAAGCGGAUAACCCGAUCGUGUGGGUGAGGGUGGUGACGAGCCGGAUCCGACCCUACGCAAGGACGUUUAUGGCGCAAUGUUUUGCGCGGGGAAUUUUGGAUCGUUUGCAUUUUCCACGGAUUUUAUUGAUUGGGAUUUUGUGGAUGCAUGUGUUGGUUUGA